AUGGAUGGAAUCUAUGUUGGCAAGUGUUGUCUCGGUUAUUGGAAUGAGGAUAAUCUUACUGCUAAAGAUAAAUUGGCAGAUGAUUUUUUACAAAUUCCUCAAAUUCAAAUUCAAGUUAGUGUGAUAGCAGUCAUUAAUUUCAAUAUUCUUCAAGAAGGUACAGGAAAUAAAAAAGUAUAUGUUUGUACAGUAUCUGAACAUGCAUUUUUUCCAAAAUUUGAAACCAGUGGUAAAGUAAAUAUUGUAACCUUGCACAAUACUACCGUAUUUUUAUGCUCUGUUUUUGACAUGGCCAAGUUUGAUGGUCAUGGGUAUGUAGGUGGCUGGAUCCUCGCUAGUCUUCCUAAUGAAUCAAAUUCAAACCUACCCAGCACUCAAAGAUUUGCUAGCAAUGGGUUUUUGAUUAAAGCUUCGGUUUGA